GGCUUUCAAAAGAUUCCUGCAAAGGAAAUUGCAACAUGUGCUCUAGUCUCCACAGAAGAGGAAGUUAAAUCUGGGGAGGACACGUCUGAGCUUAGCUUUUAGAUUAAAGGAAAAAAAACAAACAUGUUUUUUACAGGACAUUCAUGUGACCUGAAGUGGCUAAUGCCUUUACAGAAGGACUAGGACCACAUCAGACCGUUCUACAAACAGAUGGGCAAAGGUCGCAUGGAUGAGCAAAUCUAUAGACCAACAAGUCAACUACCACUUCACUGAAAGCAAACACAACCAUGGGCUGGAGAUCAUCACCAGAGGGCCUUCUGAUUCUGCUCAGGCUAUGUGGGAUAUGUACAGUUGUUGUACUGGAGAACUGUACUGACUACAAAACCCAGUUUGAGAGGGUUUUCUCUGUUCCGGGAGAUAUGGCUAUGCUCAAUAGCACCAUAGUGGCUCCAGAUGUGUUCGACUUUAGAACCAUCCCAUACAGCAUCACGUGGUACGUCACAAAAACUGGUCAAGAAAUGAGCAACCAAACCGGUCGAAUCCUGAUACGUGGAGAGACUCUGUGGUUUCUUAAUGUAACCCUGGAUGAUGAUGGCGAAUAUGAGACAAUACUGAGAACUCCUUUUUGGUGCUACAAACAAGCCACUAAGCUUGUAGUCAAUCUGACCGUCACAGGUGAAUGUGGAAGACCACUUAGAAGUAAUCAACCACUCACGAGCGGAGUCAGCGACAGGUUGGCGUGCCCUCUGCCGGAUUAUAUCACAAAACUAAGAAGUUACAACAUCACUACCUCCCUCGUUUGGUACAGGGGUUGUGACCCUAUCGAGGAUGGGCAAGCCUAUACCUACAGUGACCUCGAACUGAUGAUAAGUAGGGUGAAGGAUCAAGAUGACACCUUCUUCACCUGUACUCUGAAGUUCACCCUUGGAGGCAUCACGGGUUCUGUGUCGGAGACGAUUCAAGCUGAGUUCAUAAAGGAGUACUCUUUGGUCCCACAAAUGCAUGAACCAGCAAAUGAAGUAAUCAAGGCACAACUCGGUUCCAGUUUCAGCAAGCGGUGCCUUGUUUUUGUGCCAGGAACUGAAAAUGGCUUUGUCGAUAUCUUCUGGUUUAAUGGAACCACAUUAGUUAGCCCCUCUGAGCGGGUCUUUGUAUCUGAACAACGUAUGUGGAGGCAGGAAGUUCCCAGCAGUGGCACAUGGUUAGAGCGGCAACUGACAUUUACUGAACUGAAGGAGAAGGAUUUUCACACCAACUACACUUGUCAAGCAUACAGUUUCAGAGGCCAUCCCAAGGGCAACUUCAUUCUGCUACCAGCAGAACCAGACAUCACUAUUCCCAUUGGAUCUGUGCUUGGAUGUGUGAUGAUCCUCUUUAUCAUCAGCACAAUUCUUUAUUACACUUUUAAGGUUGACAUUGUGCUGCAGUUCAGGACAGCGUUUCCCCAUUUCUACGUAAACAAAGAUUUGGAUGGGAAGCUGUACGACGCUUAUGUGGCAUACCCAGAACACUGUGCAGUUGGAUUCAGCCAAGAAGUGGAGAAAUUUGCCCUUCACACACUACCUCAAGUCUUAGAAAAUGCAUGUGGCUACAAACUUUUCAUAGCAGGCCGUGACUGUCUCCCUGGACAGGCCAUCAUAGACUCAGUGGAAGAGAACAUACAAGCCAGUCGCCGCCUCCUUCUGCUCUACACGGCCUCCACAUUCACGAGCAAAAGGCACACAAGCAGCACCAGCAGCAAUAACAACAACAUCAUUUCUAAUAAUAACUUAAACAGCGACCGUAAGACCAAUGACGACAGCCACAGCACAAGUUACAAAGAAAACGAUGACAUUUAUCCUGAUUCAAGACAACAAAUAGAGUGUGUGGCAGGAAUGCACAGAGCCUUGCUGGAAGGAUCCCUUAAGGUGAUUCUGGUUGAGAUGGAACAGAUCAGCCCAGCCCAGCUGGCUCUCUUCCCAGAGUCAGUGCGUCACCUGAGAAAGAAGCAAGGCGCCGUGUGUUGGUGGAAGAACACAAAGAAGCAGCAAAGGUGGAGGACAUGUUCAAAGAGCAGGGAGGACGAGGACAAAUGUGGACAGGACACACAGUGGUCACCAUCAACUUCCCCUUCUUCCAGGUUUUGGAAGGAGAUGAGGUAUCAUAUGCCAGUAAGAGGCAAGAGGGUGAUGUACCCUGAGAAAACUGCCCUGCUGAACGUAUAAUAGGAUCGAGACAACUAGGAUACUGUGUCAGGUGUACACGCCGAGUGACGGCUACAGCACAGGUUCAGGCUUAUAACCUCACCUCUAUGCGUGUUUUCCUUCUGCUUGCACCUGUACAGGUAGCAUGUUUUACAUGUUUAAUACUGUACCAUGUCUAUGUUGUGCUAAAGGCAGAAUAAUUAGCCAAAUAAAAAAUUAGAAGGUGGUUUAGGACAUGGAAAAAGAUCUGAUGUAACCCAAUUAUUUUGUAAGUGUAAAAGAAGGUACAGUAUAAAUGUAUGAUAAGUGUAAAUAUGUAAAUGUCAAUGUACAGUAAAGGGAAACUGUAAUCUUCUACUAUUAUCUAUUUACAUACUGUAGUAUGUACUGCACAAAGCUGGGAGCACACACUUCAAAAUGUUAUGUACAGUAAAUGUCAAAUUUCAUAAAAUGAUGACUUUAUGCAUAGAAAAUAUGUAAAGAAAAGAAAGUGGUUGUUUGAAACAUAUUGAUGUGGAUAAAAGUAGCUCAAGGAA